AUGUUGAUGCCAGGCUGGCUGUCCCUCUUCCUUCUCACUCUUCCCCAGGCAUUCUGCGCCCUCGCUGCAACAUUGAACGCCUCACAACACUUCCACCAAUUUCGUGGAGCCACACGGAUCAGCAAACCACCGACGACGAUGACGAGUGGUGGGAGGCAAUUCUUCUUUGCCGACGUCAACACAAAGAUAAACGCAAAAGUGGGCACCAGAGCGGAGCUUCCCUGCCUCGUUUAUGGCAUCGAUUUGACAAAUGUUGUGGUUAGUGCAAUGCUCUUACUGUCCUCGCUAUUGUGUCAGCUAACUCAGUAA